GAGGGAAAGGGAAAGGGAAAAAAAUAUUUGUUUCUCCUAACCUUAUCCCAACGGUGAGCCACUGCUCUUCUUCUUCGCAUUUCUUCUCAAAGCAUCUGUUUUCGUCCCAUCCAAUUUCCCUUCCGAAUCAUUGGAAUUCGGAACACCCUUUUUGCUUGCACAUAAUGUCAGCUUCUUCCCUGUCUGUUGCAGCCACCGCCGGCGCCUCUUCCCCACUCUGCAACAACAAACUCUCCCCUCUAUUCUCAUUACUCCUUCAUCCCACUACCCAAUUCCGAUCAAAGCCGAAAUGGAGCUUAAAACCUCUCAGACUCAAAACCCAGCACUCUAAUCCCCUUCCCUUCUCUUUAAACUUCUCCUCCUCCUCUCGCCCUUCCUGCUUCUCGUCUUUCUUUGACAGCGUCCAACUCGCUGAAGAAGAGGAAAGCACAGAAGAAGAAGAAGAAUACCCAGAAAGUGAAGGGUUUGAAGAGUCGGAGCAAGAGGAAGAAGAAGAGCAGAAGGCACCGCAGUCUGGUCGCGACAAGGGGAGGUUGUAUGUUGGGAACUUGCCUUUUUCAAUGACUUCUUCAGAAUUGACUGAGAUUUUUGGUGAGGCUGGCCGGGUUGUUUCUGCGGAGAUUGUUUAUGACCGAAUUACAGAUAGGAGCAGGGGUUUUGCUUUUGUUUCAAUGGGGAGCGUUGAAGAAGCUCAAGAAGCAAUCCGGCUCUUUGAUGGAUCUCAAAUUGGAGGGCGAACUGUGAAGGUGAACUUCCCUGAAGUGCCAAGGGGAGGUGAGAGGGAAGUAAUGGGGCCAAAGAUAGGGAGAGGUUACAAAGGCUUUGUUGACAGCCCUUACAAGAUCUAUGCAGGAAAUCUUGGCUGGGGUGUGACCUCACAAGAUCUUAGAGAUGCCUUCGUUGACCAGCAAGGUCUUUUGACUGCUAAAGUCAUCUAUGAAAGAGGCACAGGAAGAUCUCGGGGUUUUGGGUUUGUCUCCUUUGAGACCGCUGGGGAUGUUGAGGCUGCCAUUACUGCCAUGAAUGAAGUGGAGCUGGAGGGUCGGCCUCUACGAUUGAAUGUGGCUGCUGCUACUCGCACUCCUCCCCCAAAAGUAGAAAGAAAAACAGAGAAUAGUCUGGAGAACAGUGAGUUGUUUACUAGCCCUACUGCCUGAGAAUUUCACCGGUAGAGUCUAUGUUUUAAAUAUGCUUUGCGGGAAGAGCUCAGGGGGACUAUUGGGACUAUUAUGCUGAAGUGAUGCCUUGUACUUCCUGAUGAUGAUUCAGCAUACUGUCUCAUGCUUCACAACCGUUGAGAAAAUUGUACAUGUAAAGCAUGGAUUAAGAUGGAAGGUUUUAUUGUUUAUUGUCAUCAAGGUUCAAGGCCAAUAGAGUUUUCUGCUGUGAUAUUAGUGUUUCAGGACACAUUCUUAUGUGGAGUUUACUGUAGUUCCUUUCUGGCUCUUAUUCUUGAUUACCUUUAGAAUCUGUCCAAUGAAUAGAAGUCAGAGAAGGGA